AUGGACUCCGUUAAAUUACCGUAUGAGAUUCACGCCUCGGAAGAUCUAGGAAGGUACCUGGUAGCAUCAAGAGACUUGUCACCUGGCGAUUUAGUGAUAGAAGAGUCCCCAAUAGUAUUUGGUCCCAAAGCAAUGCCUGAUCCGGAAUCUAAAAUGCCUUGUGUGGGCUGUUAUAAGCCCAUCUUUACGGAUGUUGGUGAACGUUGUUCCAAAUGUGGCUGGCCAGUAUGUUCCGGCAACUGUCCGGGCCUCACAGACCCAAGACAUCAUGGCGUGGAGUGUCACAUACUGAGUUCAAGGCCGGACUGCGUUUUGGAUAAUAUGGCUGAAUAUUAUAGACAUGACGCACUUCUCCCACUCCGCUGUGUUCUACUACAAAAUAUAGAUCCUGAGAGAUGGAAGCAAGUGAUGGAUAUGCAAUCACAUAUGGAGAGUAGAGCACCUGGCACUGAAGCUUAUGACGAAGCGGACGAAUUUAUAAUCGAGUAUCUUAUAACCAAUUUCAUCUCAAGAUUGGACGGUGAAGUCAAGACGAAAUACCUUCCCAAUACCUCAAAGUACCUAUUACAUACAAUUUGUGGUAUAAUUGAUACGAACGCACUAGAAAUACGUCUACCUGAAGGAUCGGAGUUAAAUGGAUUAUACGCAAAAACAAGUGUCAUGGAACAUAGCUGUGUACCGAACACGAAACAUACUUUCAAUAUUGAAAAUAACCUAAAUAUUUGUGUCAAAGUAGUCGUGCCAAUAUUAAUGGGUCAACAUAUAGCCACAAUGUAUAGUCACGCUUUAUGGGGAACUCAGGCAAGACGGCAACAUUUAAAGGAAACGAAAUAUUUUUCAUGCAAAUGCCUUAGAUGUACUGACCCCACAGAGUUAGGGACAUAUCUAAGUGCUAUGAAGUGCAUGGGCGAUGGAAAGGAAACAUGCGACGGGAUACAUCUACCAGAAGACCCUUUAGAUGAUGAAACAGACUGGGCUUGCAGUAAAUGUAAAGUUAAAGUUGGUAAUUCACAAGUCAACGCGAUAAUUUCUCAAAUGGGGGAAGAGGUUGAUGGAGUCUUAAUGAUGGGAGGUGCUGUACCAAUAUUAGAAAACAUUAUAUGCAGAUUAACAAUGUUCCUGCAUCCGAACCAUUAUCAUAUAUACUCAAUAAAACACUCACUCGUUCAGUUAUAUGGUAGACAACCUAGCUAUUCAACGGAAGAUAUUUUGGACAAGAAAAUCAAAAUGUGUAAAGAUCUUAUUUUUAUCACUAAAACUUUGGACCCAGGAAACGCUAGACUGAGUUUAUACAACUCAGUUUUACAUCAUGAAUUACACGCAGCUUUGGUUCUAAAAUCUAAAAAGGUUAAAAGUUGUUUAAAAACACAUGAAGAGCUUUUAAAAGAAGCUAAAGAUGCAAUAGAAAUAGCUUUAAGCUCACUAAGUGACGAUCUCGGAGAGUCGUCCGGUAGAAAACUGUUUUCGGUAAUUGAAAGGAGUGAAAGGGAAUUUAAGGUGUUUUGUAAGCAAAAUAAUGUUACUUUUUAA